GCUUUUAUUCAACAUGCCGAACCCUGAUUCUAUUAUGUUAUGGAAAGCUCUAAAAGGAAUAAUUUGUGUAUACAAACCAGCAGAAAUUUCAGUCAAAAAUUUAAGAAAAACUCUUAUAACUAAACUAUGUAAUGAUCUUAGUGAAUUAGAUGUUAAAUUACGUUAUCCAAUGCCAGAAUCAAUUACAAACAAUUCAGAUUCAACUUCCUUAGCCCGACAAGCUACAGAAAUAUCUCUAACAACUAAUCAGAGUAUUACAAAAAGUUUGGAUUUGAGAUAUCAUCCUUUAGUGAUUGGUCCGAGGUAUCGAGAUGAAGAUUUAUUUGUGAGUUGGUCAAAUUAUUUAGGAUGGAAUACAAGUGGUGUUCUGCUUUUUGGUUUAAGACGUGGAACGCAGGUUGCUAAGUUUAUUAGGGAAAAUAGAUCUACAAGAGCGUAUCGCAUUAAUGGAGUAUUUGGAAAGGCAACAGAUAAUGGUUUUCAAACUGGCAAGGUUGUAGAAAAAUCAACUUGGAAAUAUAUUAAACAUGUUCACAUACAGAGAAUAUUGUCUUCAAUGCAAGCUUCCCACCAGAAGAAAAUGUAUGAAGCAUGUGGAGUUGAUUUAAAUUCUCAAUUGGCUUAUGAUUUGGCUGUAAAGGGUCCCAUUCGACCUGUAGACUCAAAGAUUCCUAUUAUAUAUGGGCUGAAGUGUAUAGAUUAUGAAGGGCCUUCUUUUACUAUAGAAGUGCAAUGUAUUAAUGAAAAUGAAAUUUAUUUAACUAAUCUAAUUCAAGAAAUAGGUCUCAAACUUCAUUCAACAGCUCAUACAAGAACAAUUAAAUGCAUUAGGCAUAGUUGCUUUACUUUAGAACACGCAUUGUUGCAGAAACAUUGGAAUUUGCAUAAUAUUACCGAAAAUAUGGAUAAGUGCAAUAGGUUAUUGGUAGAAAAUGAAGAAAUUGUGAAUCAAAGUAGUCCCGUUUUAAGGAAAGGAAGAUUGGCUCCAGUACCAUGAUGUACAAAAUGAGGCGUAUCAUUUGACAUCUGUCAAGUACCUAAUAAUUUUCUUAAGCUGCAAUAAUGACCAUGUUUUAAAUAAUAAUACAGGAUAGAUAAUAUACUUUGUUUGUAGCUUUUUAAUGUAUUCACUUCUCAAAUCGAUAUUUCUUUUAGAAGUUUGAAUAUAUAA